UGCUCACUCCCUCUAGACCAUAACUACUACUCAAUUACAAGGCGGAAACAUCAUAUCGAUUGAGACGUACAGUGCCAAAUGGGGAGGAGCCCUUGUUGUGCUAAGGAGGGCUUAAACAAAGGUGCUUGGACAUCUCAAGAAGAUGAUAUUCUCAUCGAGUACAUUAGAAUCAAUGGUGAAGGCAAAUGGAGAAACCUUCCCAAAAAUGCAGGUCUGAAAAGAUGUGGGAAGAGCUGCAGGCUUCGAUGGUUGAACUACCUGAGACCAGAUAUCAAGAGAGGUAACAUAGGACCGGAUGAAGAGGACCUCAUCAUUAGGCUCCACAAACUUCUGGGAAACAGAUGGUCUCUAAUUGCUGGGAGGCUUCCGGGCCGAACAGACAAUGAAAUAAAAAACUACUGGAACACCAACCUGGGAAAAAAAGUUCAAAACCACCAAAUCAGUACUACCGUUUCGAUUCCUCCUAAGCUUUCAGGGCAUUCAGAUGAAAACAAUUUUCCGCCACCUGCAGUUUCAACGACUCCUAUGCUUUCAGGUUAUACCGAUGAAAACAAUUUUCCGCCACCUGCAGUUUCAACGACUCCUAUGCUUUCAGGUUAUACCGAUGAAAACAAUUUUAAUCCAGUACCAACGAUCAACCUGAUGUCCUCCAUUGACACAAGCACCUUACCAUCAUCACCAAUAUCGAAAACCUGCACGAACUCCAAUGUGAUCCGGACCAAAGCUUUCAGGUGCAGCUCUAAGCUUCUUCUGACCCCACAGCCAAACAAGUCAUGUAAAGAAAAUUUGGAGACCAACGUGAUCGGGGUAGGAUUAAUGCCGAUGGAUGGUCAACAUCAUUCGGUAAACAAGCCCACGGAAUUAUCUGGUGCAUUCGAUGAGUUAUUAUCACUUGUUACUACUACUCCUACUCCUACAGGAUCAUCAGGAGAUCAUAAUAAUAAUCAGUCGUCGGAUUUGCUGAUGAAUUUCAACGUGGGGGAUAUUUGCUUAUCGGAUCUUCUCAACUCAGACUUCUCAGGUGUUUGUGAUUUCAAUUAUAGUGACGAUAACAUGAGUAAUGAUUUAUCUCCAGUUUCUGCCGACCAACCACCUCUAACGCAGUACUCUGAUCAUCGGGAUAUGCUGCAAGAUUGGAAGAUAAACAACUCUUGUGUUCAAACAAUGAAUUAUGUGGCUCCAAAUCUCCAGUACUCUUUCUCAUCACUUCUUAAUUCUGUUGCGGAAUGGUUUGAAGAAUAAUAUGACUUGCUAGUACUCAAAGUAUGCAUGUCUAGGCAGAGCUAGAAUGAAUAAUUCAGUCCAAAUGUACUUGAAACGAAUAAAUAGUACUACUGGCCGUCAUGUAAGAUUUUGUGUGACCUUGUUUUGGUUUCCAGCCGGCUCUGUGUAAUUACAUAACAACAAUGUAAGAUUUCCAAUUGAUUUUUGUACGGUGAUCGUGUUAUAACAAUAUUAAAUUUAUCUAAGAAGUAUUAUAGGUUGUUUAGAUAA